GUUACCAUUGUAGCUCGAUACUCUUCUACCCCUUUUUUAUGAGGAAGUGUUCACUCACGAAAAUUGUUCAAUAGCCUAAUUUAUCAUAGCAGCAUUACCUAUUUUAAAAAUGUCAUGCAAUAGUGAAAAGAAUACAAUUGUUAAUAUUGAUACAGUACCGUCGUCGGUCGAAAUUGAUGAAGACUCUGCCGUUAACAAUAACAACAAUGGUGAACGAAAGGAGCAUGGCACUAAAAGACGUAUUAGCCUUAAUCCUGCAAAAGUCGUUAUUCAAGGCGCAAAUGUUGUCAAAGGAGGAAUCUCACAGAUGGAAAAUAACUUGAAUGAGGUUGGCGGCAAAUUAACCAAAGUUCCUGGUGUCAGUCAGGGCGUAUCGAUAUUUGCAGACUAUCGCAAGUUCCUGGACCGAGGCAAUGUGAUUGACUUGGCAGUGGCUGUUGUCAUCGGUGCUGCCUUCACGGGAAUUGUCGACAGCCUUGUCAAAGAUAUCAUUGCACCUAUCCUUGCCCUUGCUUCUGGUAGGGCGCUUGAAGAGAACUUUGUGAUCUUGCGCCGAAAUGACUCUUUCCCGAAUCCAGAUUAUUCAACUAGAGCAUCCGUCAAGGCGAGUGAUGCCUUAUCAUGGAACUACGGUAACUUUAUCCAGACAGUAAUCAACUUUUUCAUCAUAUCAGCCUGUGUUUUUGUCAUCGUCAAAUUAUAUCAAAUGGGACGCAACACGAAAGUGGCGGUUACAGAAAAAAAAUGCCCCUUUUGUGCAGGAUCGAUUGAUUUUAAGGCUGUAAGGUGCUCUAAGUGCACCAGUUGGCUUGACGAUACGUAUGCAAGAUCUGAGGUAUUAUAUACUCGUGUAUUGGAGAAAAGAUCUUCGUCCUCAUCAAAAAGUAAUGAAAAGGAGGAAUGGUAGUCUCAGCCACUACAGAGUAUAAGGGCUUUAAAAGCGAAUAAACACAAUUAUAGAUUGCUCUGCCACAAUUAAGAAGACGGAAAUAUGAUUAGGGUUCCCCGCUCACUAGGUCUUCGGACCAUUCUCAACUUAUAGACCGCUGGUUCUUGCAUUCGUAAAGCCC